AUGUCCCGGCGCACCAUCGGUGGUGGAAGGGUACUGGGAAGCGGUAGAACCUUAGGACCGCCUAUUCCUCCACCAAAGUCCUCCUCCCCUGUUCCCGCUCAUGUCCUUUCGCCUUCGGCCUCGAGUCUAUCCUUAAAUACCUCUGCCAGCGAGAACUCUACGCCACCAUCUUCCGACACACAAGAUAUUGCCGCCCGGAUAUCUAUCGAUCAUGCGACACCAGAUCUGGCCAUGGCAGCGGCUGCUGCGGGAGACCGCUUGGUCUGCCCGAUAUGCAAUGAGGAGAUGGUCACCCUGCUACAGUUGAACCGACAUCUGGAUGAUGCACAUAAGGAAAUAGAGGAUGAGCAGCAGGACGAAGUCAAGGACUGGUUUAAACAACAAAUGGUCAAGGCCAAAAAGUUCCAACCAUUGGCGGUCUUAAACCAGAAACUCAAGGGGUUGGAUGUCUUCGAGUCGAAUCACGAAAUUGCGAGAAGCAGUACUCCUACGCCGAGGAGCGACUAUGCCCCAAGGGAGAUCAGAGAUCCCAGUAACCCUCCACUACCACCGAAGCCGGCCGCGAAUGUCAUAGAUCCGGACGAUAUCAUUACCAAACAGCACUGGCAGAAGAGAACCGGUAAUGAUAUGUGCUCGGACCCAGCAUGCGGAAAAAGGCUGGGCUCUACGACGACAGGCAUCGUCAAUUGCAGGCACUGCGGUAAACUCUUUUGUGAGGAAGACACAAUGUAUCAGAUGAAGCUGUCAAGAUCGGCCCAACAUGAGCCAGUCCGAGGUCUCUGGUAUCGGGUGUGCGAGACGUGCUAUAAGAGUCGCGAAGGUUAUAUGGAUAGGCAUGGUCUGGAGCGAGACCGAAUGAGCGAGUUUGAGGCUGUCAGACGGAACCGAGUCAGUCACAAGGAGAUGGAAGUCACCCGGCUAGAAAAGAGGCUGUCCAGGUUGACCCAUUUGUUGGCAAACCCACCAGACGAGAUCCCACUACCGACUCCUAAUAAGAGAUGGUCACUGAAUUGGGCUCAGACCGAUCCACGAAAGACGCUCGAACAAAGCAUCGUGGCAUGGCAAAGCGAUGCGGAAGUGCAACGAUGCCCCUACUGUCAGCAAGAUUUCACCCAGUAUACAUUUCGUCGACACCAUUGCAGGACCUGUGGAAAAGUUGUCUGUGGAGAUCCAGUCACGGCGUGUUCGGUUGUCAUUGGCCUCAAUGUUGCAACAACUAACACCCGCCUUCCCCUGACAGAAAAGCUUCCUCCCGAUGACACCGUCUCCCUAGACAUCCGCAUCUGCAAAGAUUGCAAUCACACGCUAUUCUCCCAUCGGGACUUCCAAGCCUCUCUGAAAUCCCCUUCGACCGAAGCGUUCAACCGAGCGUACAACAAUCUCCUACAGUUUGAAAGGGGGAUUCGACUUCUACUACCAAGAUUCCAAAAACUCAUUCAAGCUCUCCAAGACCCUGACCAGCCACCCUCUUCUUCCCAACUCACAGAUGCAUCCCGCACCCGCAGACGACUUAUGGACUCGUUCGCACAAUACGACACGGCGGCCCGGCGGAUCAGAGACAUGCCCAGCCAGUCGGCGACACAGCUCAGACUGCAGAAAGCCAUCCAUCAGAACGCUACUCAGUUCCUCCAUCUCCACAUGCUGCCUCUGAAAUCGCUACCCAAGAUCCUCAAACACGCGACUCCACACGGGGCGGGCAGCGGCAAACCUGACUUGAGCAAUCCCCGCGCGUCCCUGGCCGUGCUCAAUCGUACCCACGUACGCAAUGAUAGCAGCUCCAAUAUAUCCGUUGCGAGCGUCACUUCCUCCCGGGUCAGCGAACUCGAAGCCGAAGAGAAAGUCUUACGCGAGCGUCUCAUCGUACUGGAGGAGCAGAAGUUCAUGGUGCAGGAGAUGAUCGCCGACGCCAAUCGCCGACGCAAGUUCGACGAGGUUGCCGCUCUUGCGGGCAACGUCGAAGACCUCAGUGCGGAGAUCGACCGAGUACAGAAGCUCGUCGAUAACCUGCGUAACGAAUUCGAAGGCGUGUAUACAGGCCUUCCCGCCACCAACGGAUUGGGAAGCCGCGUCAACAGUCCUGCGCGGAAAGGCGCGGACAUGGGAACGGGGAAGCCGAGGACUGGAGCAGAAAAUGGGUGA